AUGUCGUCUUCAAGCCCUCCACGCUUCUCCAUGUCACCGGCGGACCGCCAGGCCGACCUUGACGCGGGAUACGACCCUCUCAAUCGGCUGAUUGUGACCUCGAACCGCGUGUACCUCUAUGGCGUGAUGGGAGAGUGGGCCGAGAACGAGCACGAGAUUGUGCGAGAGGUGAUGAAGGUGGACGGUCUCCGCCCCACGGUGCUCCCGGGAUGCGAACAUCCACAGUCGUACGUCUGCACCGACAUUAUCGAGUACGAAACGGUCGAGCAGGCGGCCAAGGCGCUUGCUACGUGGCAGGACGGACAAGAAUGGCUCUACGACUUCUGGACCGCGUCCACCGUCGCCCCGGGCACCUUCCCGCCGCCGUUGGGAUACGCAGCGCCGAGGCGUGACCUCCACGGCCCGAUAGUGGACGGCGUUCCACCGACCGCAGGCGCACUGUAUGACGAGCUGAUUCGCUUUGGCAUGAUCGAGGAGCUCUUCGUCACGCCCGGCCGGGAGCCCGACACUUGGCUCGCACGCGUCGCCUUCUGCGCCGAGGAAGCCGGCCAGGCGCUCGAGUUCGAGUAUGCGCGAGGCGGGAUGCUGGGCCCCUUCAACGUGUUCGUGUGCGUGCAUACUGCCAGACGCUGA